AUGCAGCCGUCAGAUUGUCGAACGUUCAAGAAUGCCCUUGAAGAUUGCGUGGACGAACAAGGAUUGGUGGUGCCUUCAGUGGAACAACUUGACAGCAUCGUAGCACUGAUGGUGAUGGUGGCAGUGUCAGUUGAACAUGCCUCGUGUGUGCUUUUUAAACUGAAUCCCUGUCGUGAAUUGAACGGUCAGAAGGGAAUGGAGAAGAAGCAGAAGAGACAGGAGUUGGGGAGAGCAGUUCGUGGCAUCCACUGCUAUGGGUCUCAUCUCCGAUGGCACGGUGCAAUUCGGAUGGAUAGUUAG